GCAAUCACAUAACACCUCAAAAUGAAGCCUGUAAGAAUUGUACGUAGGACAACUUCUGGGUGCCAAGCUCCAUAAUGGGAAAAGUAGUGAACCGAGAAUUUAACUGUGAGUGGUGCUGUAUGAGGAUACUUGAAGCAGUGGGAAAUGAGGGCAUCAAAAGAAAGCAACGUCAGGGCCAUCUAUUGGCCUCAGUGCACUGCAUGAGUAGCACGAUUACAUUGAACAGGAAACGCCUACAGGCUGUGCUGGGUUUUGGCCUGGCUGCUCCUGGAGCAAUCUCACUGCUUGCGCUGUGGUUGUUUCAGUAAGUGCUCUGAACUGGAUAUGACUUCAGUUCUGGUUGUUCCCUUAACGGGUGUAACUUAGAGAGUACAGGGCGCAGAUAUUUUAUUUCAGAUAAUGCUCUUUAUUCUAAGUCAGUUAUUUUUGCAUUUGUUAAUUGCUAGAUUGUUUCCUGUAGGCUAUUCCAGGCAGCACCAAGGCAGGGUGGUGUUUAUUCCGGUUGUCUUCGAGGCAGCAGUGCAGUAAGCAGCAGCCAUGUGAAAUAAUCACUGUGCUGUCUUUUCCACAAGCAUUUGCCUAUUACAGAGCCAACCUUCUGUUAACCUUCUAUUAAAACACGUGUCAGAGUGGGACUAAGCUGUACUUCAUGAGGAAUAUGCAAAACCAGGUACGUUAGGUGUACGUAAAUGUCACAUAUAAGUUGGAAUUGAGUCACACAAAGAUAGCUGCUGGUUUGUAGAAAGCUGUGCUUGGCUCAGUCAGGAUCUGUGAUGAAAAUGUGCUCUUUAGGGGGCAAGAGUGCAAAAAGCACACUCAUCACAGGUCCUCUGCAAAAAGCACUUCUCCCUUUGAUAAAGUACUGCCGUUAACGUGCAAACUUCCAGCAGCACAGCAAUGAGGGAAGGCUUUUUGAAAUCAUCCUGCAGCCCCAUUCUGGUUUCAGGUUACUGUUUGCUGCAUCUAUGGGUUGAGCACAAUUGCAUUUGCUGACGGUCUGUUUCUCUGUCAGUACUUUCUUAUGUCCAGCUGCCUUCACUCCAGUGCCCCACUGCUGCUCACAGCUGCAGGUUUGGCCUGCUGAAACUCAGUGGGGGCUGCAAGGGUUGUAAUAAUACAUCUACUGCAUGAAAACUCGUUUCCUUUUAUCUGACACCUUUUGACUAUUUAAUAUGAUGAUGUUUUUUCAUGGUGUUUCAAUGGAAGCGUUCUCAGACGCACGGAGUCCUUUUGCCACAGUGCUAAAGACCAUUUGGGAUUUUCCAAAUGAAACCUCUGAAAUAUUUCUGUACAGUGUUAAUACUUGAAGUACAGCAUUCAGCACCUCUCAUUUCUUGGAAGCUGCUCAGCAAAGUAGCUAGAAGGGAUUCAUCUAUCCUGGCCUGAGGCUGUUUUCCAAGUGCCUGUUUGUCAUUGGUUUGCUUUAUCUGUGGCCUGUUGGCAUUUGUUUGAGGCUGUCAAACUGGGACUGACUUUUCUAUUGCUAGGGCUGCUUUGCUGCACUUGUUUGCUUAUAAAGCUUUCUCAUGUAGCUGUUGCAGGAUCAGGAUCAGCCUGCCCUCCUGAAAUUAGGCACGUAAUUGACUAUAGAUGCAUUCUUGUAAAGGAGGAAUACACAUUUAAUAGGUGCAAGAAAUACCUCUGCAUGCUUGAGUAUUGCUGUUCUCUCCUUCGAUUCUAUUCUUCAGUUUUUCUUCUCUUCCUUGCUGAUAAAUGUUCCCCUUCUCUGUAUGAAAUCAGGUUUAUUCGAUGGGCAGUAGGUCUCACAGAACAAAUCAUGGUGUGUUCUGAUCCUGGGAGCAUGGCUCGCCUUGCGCUCUGUAUGUACGUUACGUGAGAUUAAAGCUGGUUAGUUAAUCAGUGUUCUCAGCAUCGUUAUCUCUACUCCUAUCUUUUGCUCAAAUCCCCGUCGACCUCAGUAUGAAGCAGAACUGACCCAGGAGUUUGUGAUGAAGUCCUGAAGGCUAAUAGGAAGGUAGUGAACCACUGUUUCUAUGUUACCAUCUGUCAUAAACUUGCAUUCACAGGACGUAGCGGGUCAAAGGAUAAAACACUUAUCAGUCCUGGUUUUGCAAAACCCUUCUGUUGCUGUGCUGGUUUUUAAAGGAAAUUUUAAGAGCAGAGGUGGUUGAUUCUGCUUUACAAGCAACGCAGAGUGUCUGACAGAAGGUCACAGUAACAGCCCCAUCCCUGGAGGUGCCCAAGGCCAGGCUGGAUGGGGCCCUGGGCUGCCUGGCCUGCUGGGUGGCACCCAGCUCAUGGCAGGGGAUUGGAACUGGAUGGGCUGUAAGGUUCCUUCCAAGUGAGGCCGUGCUAUGACUCAGUGAUUCUAUACAACCCAAGUGCACCAGCUGUCUGAGUCUCUUCUCUGCAGAAUAUUUUAAGAACCAGUUAAGCCACUUAAAUGGCAAAUAUGAGAAUAGAGUCCCAUUAUACAAGCUAAUGAUCUCAUUAAAAUCAAUAGGAAAACUUCUGUUUGCUUUAUGAUAUUCACUGUCUUUAUUAGCCAUCAGGACGUUAAGUGGAUAACUGCAGAUUUGUUGGAGUAGUAUCUUAUCUCCAAACAGCCAUUAGUGAUCCUUUAUAUAGGACUUGUGAUUAGCUCACCUGCUAAGGGCACGGGGGCAGACCAAGUGGGACAGCAGAUCUUAGAAGAGGAGUGGGUUUCUCUCCCAGGCCCUGGAGGAGGUAACCUUUCAAGGCAAGACCUCUGUUCUGAAUAACCUGAAAGCCACAGGGCCUGCUGUAGUGAUUCAGGACGUUGGAUAGAAUUAGAAAGAAAAGCCCAAAUCUCCAGGAUAAAUUCUUGCCAGAAAUGUAGAAUUGGUGCAAAUUAUGAAAACUGUGUUCCCGUUUCUUGAAGUAGUUGAGCCCGUGCCCAAGUAGAAUAGGCAGGCUGCUGUUCGAGUCCAUGAUUAACUAAAACACAGUCUGUGUGAUAACAAAUGUGUUCUGUGAUGCUUGUUCACUCAACACGUUAGCUUACUACCUAUCGUCUGUCAUUGUGUAUCCUUCUGUAUGAAUGAAGUAGACAGAAGAAAAUGGGAUGAAUCACCUCCAUGCUUCUCUGGCCGAAGGUCUUUAAUUAAAUCGGAAUUAAAUUGCUGCUGUUCCAGCAACUGCAAAAUGGGAUUAUGCUUAGGCCUGUGUUCCAUGGUGGCUCCAACCCAGCUUGGGGCUGUGCUUACUACAGAAAGGGCAGUCCUAUACCUCUUUCCUGCCAUCAAUAGGUCCUUGCUUUAACUUUGUCCCUUGUAUCAGUGCUGGUAUAAGUAAAACUAUGUUGGAAGGUGCAGAAAGGAGACGAGUUAGCUAACAGGAUUAUGGUGUCUUGAUAAGUUUCUCAGAGGUGUUUUCACAGGAUUCUGGAAGGUGAAGGGCAGCUUGUCUUUUGCAUCUUUAUCUCUAUUUGCAUAUCAAUUCCCUGUCAGCUUUCUAGUUAAAUAACAGUGCCUGCUGUUCUGUCGAGCCCGUAUAAUGACGGAUGAUUGCUGCACAGCACAUCACAACCAUCUGUGAGAUUGUACCUGCCUUUUGCUAAUAAAUGAUGCAUCCUUAAGUGGCAGUUUGAUUGUAAGCAGUGAACGCGUUGGAAUUAAUGAAGACUUUCCCAGCUGGCUCCUAUUUCACUUUGUGCAGUUCCAGACAAUGUGACAUCUUUGUUAGCAGCUCUCAAGGUGCCUUCCUGUGCUGCCCUGUAACACUAUUCUGCUGUGCAACACACGGAGGGGAAAGCUCUUCUGCUGCUGCUUUAUACAGAGGAGAACAAGCAAACUGGGUAAUUGAUACCAGGCAGGUCUGGUACCAUACCUGGACACCUGAGACAAGCUGGUUGAUUGCUUCAGCUAGCUGUGAUCAUUUGCUUUUCCCCUCCUUUGAAGCAGCAAACAUUUAUAGCCAGAUUAAUUCUCACCUUAAGAAUGAAAUGCAUUUUCUCUCAUUGCCUGAAGUGCAGAACAGGAGUGAGGGUAUAAUAGUUGUAUGUACUCUUCAGUAGGGCUGACCAGGCCUGCUGUUCUUAUCUUGUCACAAACUGCUUUUUAAUAUAUAUUCCAAAUGUUUACAUUAAAGGAGAAAAGCUGAAUUCCUGAGCACAUCUGCCACAUCCUCUGGGCCUGUGAGAGAAGCAGGAAUUCAAGGAUUGUGUGCCUUUGUCACUGGAGCAUUUGCUCUCACGCUCUUCCCCCAUCAGCUGGCAGCUCCACGACACAGAGCUGCAUAUUGUCCAAAUCAGUGGCCUGAACACGAAGCUGAACUGCUCACCCAAUAUUCCAUUGCCACCAGUGCUCCUAGUUUUGGAGGCAGGGCAGAAUUUGCUUUGUGAAUCAAACCUACAUGGAUUGCACGUUCUUCACUCGGAAAGAAAUCCUUCGGUUGCAUGGCCGGUACCAUGAAAUGGCACCAAACGUUGUGCCCAUGGACUAUACAAAGGACCCAGAUGUUAAACUACCUAUGCAGCUUAUAAUAAACAUGCCUGAGCUAAAGGAGAAUCCCUUUAAGGAAAGAAUUGUGGAAUCCUUCUCGGAAGAUGGAGAGGGGAGCCUCAGCUUCAAUGAUUUUGUGGACAUGUUCUCUGUGCUCAGUGAAAUGGCUCCCAGAGAGCUCAAAGCUAUCUAUGCCUUUAAGAUCUACGAUUUUAACACAGAUAACUUCAUUUGUAAAGCAGACCUGGAAAAAACCCUCAAUAAGCUGACCCGAGAAGAGCUAACAGCAGAAGAAAUCACUCUGGUUUGUGAGAAAGUGAUAGAAGAAGCUGACAUGGAUGGUGAUGGCAAAUUGGGAUUUGCAGACUUUGAAAACAUGAUUUCCAAAGCACCGGACUUUCUCAGUACUUUCCACAUAAGAAUCUGAAGAUCUGUGUGUGAGCCAGUGUUGUCAGAAUGGUUUGUCAGUCCAGCCUAUCUGAAUCUCAGGCGCUUUGGGGGCUUCUGUCCUCUCCUUGUGGCUUCUUAGAACUCAAAAAACACUGAAAUGAUUCUGGUCUGCAAAGAGAGAGAAGCAUCAUUUGGUCUACAGGAUAUUUGGAACGGUCGCGUUUUUAUCUUCACUGCUGGCAUUCUGGCAAAGAUGGCUGAUUGCUGGGUUGUGGUUCCUCUUCUUCUUUUUUCUCUUAUUUUUUUUUUUUAGCAGACAGAAUCAGAAUGUUACUAAAGGUGUUUCCACAACAUUUUUAUAUUUAUGAAUAUUUAAUACUGCUCUUACAAGCAAAAAAAAAAAAAAAAAAGAAAAAAAGAUGAGCUUGGGUGACUUCUCCAAGAAAAAAAAAAAGCAUGGGCCUUAAAUAAUGAGAUGCCUCUAUCACUGUGUUGUACAGCUGGGGAUCUUGCAUGGAAAUCACCUUGUGUGGAAGAACAGCAGUCAAGAUCCAAUUCCCAGUGUUGAAGACAACCACAUCCCAGGUUUGCCCUUCGGUCACUGAAAUGGCAGUUGCUGGGUUUGGUGCUUACCUUCAACCAAUACUUUAUGGAUUGUCACGUCCUUAUGAAACUUGAAAUAUUUGCAUUUUGUAUAUGAUUACUGCAUAUGUGAUUCAUUUCUUCCCAAGAGAAACUUUGAAACUGUGUCCUUAUUCUCAAAGGGAGUCUUGCAUUUUACUCAUUCCGUGGUCUGAUAACACUGAAUAGAAGAGUACAAUCAUCUAUAAUCCAUGAAGAAAUUAAAGAAGCACAGCACUAUUACUAAGGACAUAAAAAGACAUUUUCUAUCUAAACCAGCUAUGCAAUCUUUCCCAUAAAGUGCAUGAAUGCAGCUCAGUAUUUCUCUUUCCUCUCCAGCUGGAAAUCAGCUAGAUUUCUUCUUUUUUUCAAUUCCAGUACCAGUUAGGUACUGGGGCCUGAAGACAAUCACACAUGUAUUACUGUUCUAACAGUCAAUAGAAGGGCUCUGUCACUUACAUGGCUUCUGUAUCAAAGUCAUAACUAUUAAAACUUUUGACGCAUUUUGUUGUGCUUUGAGGAUUUGUGGGCUAAGCACGUUAACUUCCAUUCUAGCCAUCAUUCCAGUUACUGUAAACUUAAGCCUUUCAAGGCUGAAAUAUGUUAUGCUCAUUGAAACAAUUGAUAAAGUAUAGAAAUUCAUCAUUUUGCUGUUUCUGUAGGCAUGGCAAUGCUCGCUACUUUGGAACCUGUAAUGGAUUGAAGCUUGGUUUGCAAGUAUGGAUGCACAGUAUACAUCAAGGAACAUUUAUUGAGCAGUAGGGUUGGAUGCUAAAAGCCUCAGUGGAAAUUUUGAGUAUCUGAGGUAUGAAAGGCCAACUUAACCUAAACAUAAUGAAAAUGAAGCUUCUAUAUCAGUAAUAAUAUUUAUUUUGGACAUUUGUUGGAGUGAUCAUAUUUUUAGUCAGUGGUAUUUGUAGUAUUUUACUACUUCCUCCUCCAGGUAACUGCUUAGAUAAAGGACUUGGAGCCUGAAGUUCCUUUGAUGAGUAACAUGAAUCAAUCCUGAUACUCAGUUCUGAUUGAGUAGGAAGAGAUUCAAGCCUCAAUCUUCUUUGUUUCAAGUAGAUUAAGUUAGAUGAAUUAGUUGAUUCAAGCAGUUGGCAAGAUACGGGCAUUGAGCCCGUAGUGAGCCCAUGUUAAAGUUUCUCCCUAUUCAUCAGAACAUCAGCCUGCUAACUAUCUAUUUCCUUCAAGACAAGUUUCAUCUUUACAUCCUUGCGAGAUGCAUUUUUCUGUCACUACUAAUCUAUAUCAUAAAAUGACAUGUCGCAAGGUUCUGGGUUGGGUUAUUGAAAGGACCUUGGUUGAUUUCAGAGGUCAGCUUCCUUUGGCAUCAGUGUUCUUUUUCUAUAUUUUAAAAUUUACGUUGGCCAAAAUUCUUUCUUCCCUUCCUGACGCUGUGCAUCAUUCCACAAGUAGAUCCCUGUCUCCACUUUAAAGGAGCACCUCCGUUGCUUUGGAAUGCACUUGGUGUAUUCCUUAGGUCCUCCCUGACCUGGAUGUCAUGUAAUGACAGCUGAAGAAAUGCCUGGCCUUGCAAUCAGAUGCUUCACUCGGGCACCCAUCCACAUGAACAGAGGCACCACGAGAAAAACAAAGGAGAAUAUUGUGAAGGAGAACACCUAUCCACAGCUAAAGAGCAGUGUUGCAGAACACAGCAGGUACGAAGUCCUGAACGCCCUGUGUCUCUUUGGUGUAUGAAGUUUGAGUUGGACUUUAAAAGUGAAACAACACAUUUCAGGUUGCAGAGAAGCUCUUAGGUGUGACUGGGUAUUUCCAUUUGUGCCUUUGGGUAUUUCCAUUUGUGCCUUCAAAAACAGACCAAGAAAAAGAGCAAUUAUCCAAAGCCCCAAUUAAACCAGGUAGCGUGUGGUUAUCUCUGGCUGAUGAAUACACAAAGCAUUUUAUGGGCAGAAGGGAUCUGGUGGAAGUGAGUAAAUCAACAUCUAAAAGCAAGCCAUAAGCAAGUCACUUAGUAACACGCUUUCGUUUAACGUUGCUUUAAAGGAAUGCCGUCAGACAGGACUCACAGUGGCAGCCUGCAGGUCGCAAUCUGCUCCCUGUUACUUCCAUGUUUAUUUUCGGCAACUUGGUUGACUUCAGGGGAACUGACUCGCACGUCUGUAAGUUGAGGGAGGCAAUAGCUCUUUUGCCGCAGUUCCUUGCCCUCUCUCAUGCCCGUUGAUGUAACCUUACACGGUGGCUUUGUCGAUAGUGACAAUCGCGUCGGGUCUCCCUCCCGUUUGCUCUCACUGCGGCUGCAGUUGUGCCGCUCCACCGCCAGGCGGCGCCCUCGCAGCGCAGCCCGGUUUCACAGCUCCGUCCUCCAUCCCCCGGACUGACGAUGGCCACAGCACGUCUUCAUAUUGAUAUGGCCAUUAAAUAUUAAGCAGCUGGAAAAAACAAGCAGAACACAAAGAAGGAAGAAUUGACAUCUAAGGAAGUUGGUGUAUCAUAAGGUCUUUUCCUUCCACUGGGACAUUCACACAGUUAAAUACUGGGUUAUUAGUGCAGCAAGUCCAGCUUGAAUUGCAUGUUUGUUUUACUCGCUGUGAUAACUGUGUUUGGUAACAGCGGCCAGGAGAGCAAAAGGAAAUGUAUGUAACAACCUCUGUAAUGAGCACUGUGCCCCAAGCUGGAUAUUCUUUACUAAUGGAUUUAGAGAUCUGUUAGCAUGCACAAAUCAGGGAAGAGCUGGUUGUCCUGUGACUCAGACUUCACCUUUGCAGACAGGGAUUUCCAGGUUUGCACAGUCUAAAUGGUACUCGGCAGUUUCCAUCAGAUUCCUUUGACAAGGAAGGUACCUCAGUGCUGGAGCUGGAGCAGAGUGUGGGGAGUUAAAGCAAGGUUUGUGAGCAGCAAGACUUUGGCUGCCAAAUUAAGAGUGAGAAGAGAAUUUCUGAGCAGCUUAUGAAAAUUGACCUCUGGGCCUGCUAUGUUCUGCAGGACCACUGUACCAGCUAUUUCCAGUUGAAAGCAAGUAUCAUUUAUGCCCACUGUAGCAUUGAUUGCGUUCACUUCAGGAGAAGUUCAGUUUCCUGGAUUGAAUCGUAACCAGUGAUGGGAUGUGAUGUCACUACUACAAGCUAGAGUCAAAAUGGCAGAAUGGUGAGAUGUGAGUUCCCCAUCAAAGAAAAAGUUGAAGACACAGCCCUCAGCAGGUGCACUGAUGUGCACUGUCUUUUGGGAUAGGAAAGGGGGGACCCUUUGGGAUUCCCUGGAGCCCAGAUAAACCAUCAGCUCUGACCACUACAUCAUGACAGGGCCUAAGCUGAAGGCCCAAACUUCCAGAGUCAGGCCAGAGAAGACAACCUUUCUCUUGCAACACAACACCAGGCCCCAUGCCAGUUUGAAGACCGUGAAGCACAAUGCCAAUCUCAGCUGGACCGUCCUAUCACAUCCACCAUAUAGUCCAGAUUUGGCACCUUCUGAUGGAUUAACUCUGUGCAGUAAGUUUGGCCUCGGGUCCUUCACAUCUGCCAAGGAAUUUGGAGUUUAUCCUAUCCACAGCCUUAGUAAUAAAGUCCACUGUGUUUAGUGUGCUUUCUUUGAAAAUUAUAACUGUGUAAGAGAAGCAGGUGAGUUAUGGACCUACUGAUGGUAUAAUUUUUAAUUUUCAGUUAUUUUCAGCAGAGAGUUGGUAGAGCACAGUAUUUCUGCAAUUAAUUUACUAUGUUGUGAAUACUAGUGCAGAAACAAGGCAGGGUGUGCAGGGAAAAUUAAAACUGUUGUGUUAAAAAAUCCUAGAAAAAAUCUUGUCCUGUCGUAGUAAAGUGAAGCUGAAUGGCUUAUGAAUCCUAUGGGGAAACUCAGAAACCCUUACCCAGUGUCCUACAAAACCUUCCUGCUUUCCCUCUCCUGUUAGAUAACACAGAUGGCUUUCUUGAGUUGGUAGCUGAUCUACCCCUACUGAACCUCAUUAUUUACAAAUAAAUGUGGUUCUUCAUGACGUUGGUUCUUAUUAAUCUCCAUUUUACGUCCCACUAACAAGGGGAAGACAAUGAAGUGUAGGCAGAGGAAAAAGAGUCAAGGACACUUCCCCAGUUAUCUACUGACAGAUUUAUCCUGCCCUGAGGUAGGACCUUCAAUCACCUCUGUGACUGCUGAGGUAGCCAUUUGCUGAACUCUUUUUCAGCUUAGAAAUCCUUUAUAUGGACAGGAGGAAAAGGCGAUUCUGGUGGUAAUGUUUUCAUCGAGAUUUGUGUGUGAUUUGCUUUCCAUCUAGUACUAUCCAUCUAAUAUUUUUGCUAACUGUGAUACUGCAGUGAUGUUGCUGGCUGCGUGUUUCCUCUUGAGUUAAUGAAAUGAUGUUGACUCCUUUUUAAUUUUAAUUUAAUGAUUUUUUCUUGGCUCACAAUGGAAGACUAGAUUUUUGUUGCUACCAGCUUUGCCUCAUAGCCACCUGUGAUGUGUGGAAGGAGUUCCUGGCUGGCCUGUGGAUCCACAUUACGCAGUCCUUAAUUUACACUUUUUAGUGCUCCCAAUGAAAGUCUGACAAAAAGGAAAGGCAGUCUAAAGAAACCCUGUGAAAUCAGAAUACUUCUGUUCAUUUUCCAGUCACCGUUUAGAAGUUAGCUAGUUAGCCUAACAAAUACUGAUCUUUUGUUUGCAGAUACAGCUUCAGUCUGUAAGUCCAGUGAUGCAUGAUCAGAAUGGUUGUCUUUUGGUUAUGGAGCACAUAUUUCUGACCCAAGCUUUCACCUGGAAGCUUUAUAACCUGAUAUUCUUAUCAGCUUGCAGAAAAUGCAUGUAAAGGAGUGAGUGUUUGCUGUGUUCAGUCUCUUACCACGUCAAGGCCAACUGCAGCACAGCGUGUAUCUUCUUACUGAAGGAUUCAGUAACAAAGCAGCUUUAUAUAUUGACUAAGAAGCCAGAUGAAGAGUGUUUUUCAGCUAUAAUUCUACUAUUGAUGGUCAGUGGUUUUAUGCUCAGCCUGAAAUGUCUGUUUCACAACCUAACUUCCCACGUAUUUCCACCGUUUAGUAGAAUGUGUUCUGUAAUGCAUGACUGCAGAAGACUCCCUAGAUGCAUAGUUAUCAAGAAACUAGCCUGAACUGGAUUUCUCCUCACCACUAGCCAGAGAAGGGGAUUUAACGAUGUCUCUCUCUGCUCUAAUCGGAGUUCUUGU